AAGGGGCCGCAGCUCAGCCUGGCUAGAAUAGCCUCGGGUUGGAUGAGAACAAGUUUUAGGUUAGCCAAUCAGACCAUAGAAAUAAAGCCCAAUUAGAGUAGACCUUGAAGUUUGCUCUCAUCCAAUCCGAACAUGUAGUCUAGGAACCCCGUCUAUAAAGGAUGGCAAGCGGGAGUCUUGCCAUUUCAGACGUGGGCCCACCUGCUCUGAGCUGGCUUCGAGGAGAAGUGGGAGUAGCCGGCCACCGCCCAUGCUGGAGGCUAGAGUCUGCCUUAUCGGCUCGGCUCCCCUCGCUGUUGCGGUUGUUGGCACUGACGGGGACUACAGCGCAGCUAAAAGGCUGGGAAAAUGGCAAUGAAUUAAUGACAAGAAAUUAACGGUGAAGUGAUGACUAAAAUUCUACAUUGCUCCGAAAGCAAGCUGGAGUGCAAUGGCGCCUGGGGGGGCCACCAUUGACGUGGAGCACUCCCACGUCCGAUUCCUGGGGAACCUGGUGCUGAACCUGUGGGACUGUGGCGGUCAGGACACCUUCAUGGAAAAUUACUUCACCAGCCAGCGAGACAACAUCUUCCGUAACGUAGAGGUUUUGAUUUACGUGUUUGACGUGGAGAGCCGUGAACUGGAGAAGGAUAUGCAUUAUUACCAGUCAUGUCUGGAGGCCAUUCUCCAGAACUCUCCUGACGCCAAAAUCUUCUGCCUGGUGCACAAAAUGGAUCUGGUUAAGGAGGAUCAGCGUAACCUGAUUUUUAAAGAGCGAGAGGAAGAGCUGAGGCAUCUGUCUCGCCCUCUGGAGUGUGCUUGUUUUCGAACGUCCAUCUGGGAUGAGACGCUCUACAAAGCCUGGUCCAGCAUCGUCUACCAGCUGAUUCCCAAAGUUCAGCAGCUGGAGAUGAACCUCAGGAAUUUUGCCCAAAUCAUCGAGGCCGAUGAAGUUCUGCUGUUCGAAAGAGCUACGUUCUUGGUUAUUUCCCACUACCAGUGCAAAGAGCAGCGCGACGUCCACCGGUUUGAGAAGAUCAGCAACAUCAUCAAGCAGUUCAAGCUGAGCUGCAGUAAAUUGGCCGCUUCCUUUCAGAGCAUGGAAGUUAGGAAUUCCAACUUCGCGGCUUUCAUCGACAUCUUCACCUCAAACACGUACGUGAUGGUGGUCAUGUCAGAUCCGUCGAUCCCUUCUGCGGCCACCCUGAUCAACAUUCGCAAUGCCAGGAAACACUUUGAGAAGCUGGAGAGAGUGGAUGGCCCCAAGCACAGUCUCCUCAUGCGUUGAAUAGUCCCAAAUGCUCUUUCUGAAAAUGCUGAGUUGCCUUUUUUGUUUGCAUCCUUUAUUUUUAAUAUUCAUAAUGUUGUGUGCUUAAAAGUGGGCUUUGAAGUGUGUGCUGCUUUCUCCUUUCAUCUUUCUCCCCUGCUCUCCAGUCUUUAAACCUUGGACGCUACUUACUCAGCUACCCAGUAGAGCUUGAAGCUGGCUCUUCUGAGAAGAUGGUAUGGUGUAACACUAAAGUAGGUGGUUCGUGCGUGUUCUGAUUACCUGGUUAUAAUAGAUAUGCACAUCAAAGCCUUUGCCAGUAUCUUCCUGUAUUCCUUAUCAGAUUGCAAAGAUGGAAUGUUACUAUUUUAUCAGCAAGGUAUUAAAAUGCAUUUAUAAAUUCUUCUUGGCUUCAUUCAUGAAUAAACGUGUUAGCAAUUUAAAA